GUCCAGUUGACGCUCCGGGGUGGCGAAGGUAUUAUUUCAUAAUUCUUCAGCUCUUGUCGACGGGCUAAUGGAGAGGGUCGGAAUUUAGACGUGGCAGCAAUUGUUUUAGGUUUUUGUUUUCCAGGACUGUGCUUUGUUGACACGCUGAUCGAAUCACUUAACUGCUAUUUAAUGGUACAAGUGUAAACGACAGCACUCGGAAUAAAACAGAAUCUACUGUUGGAGGUUCUCGUUCCCGGUGUAACGAUCCCUUCACUUCCACAGCGUCUGCAGACGUCAUUGAUUGGAUAGCCACUAGUUUGUGGAGAUUAGCAAAUGGAUCCCCCAACUCACUAAUAUUCAUUUCAUCCAACCUUUGGCUUCCUCCUCCCCAUUGUGGAAAACAUUCAAGAUUUGUUUGUGCUCUCGCCGGACCAAUCAACAUUGAUUAUUUUCCAAAUCUGGAUUUGGAGAGUUGGAGACUCGUCCGCGCAACCCCCGAGCGCCUGCCAAUUAGCUCAUGGCCAUUAAUACUGCCACGGAGGACUGGGGAGGAGUUGGCAGCAAUGACUCGGGAGAGCGAGCGUGGCUCUUGCAGAGCCCCAGCGUGGACUCGGCGCAGCAUCUCGAGUCGGAGACGAGGCCGAGCGGCAGCGUGUCGUCCUUGGGGGCCGUGUUCAUCGUGGUGAACGCGGCGUUGGGAGCCGGUCUGCUCAACUUCCCGGCGGCCUUUAAUAUGGCAGGCGGAGUGACGGCGGGGGUGAUGCUUCAAAUGUUCAUGUUGGUCUUCAUUAUCAGCGGUCUGGUGAUUUUGGGCUACUGCUGUCAGGUCAGCAACGAGGGCACCUAUCAGGAGGUCGUCCGAGCCACUUGCGGAAAAGUCACGGGGAUCCUGUGCGAGGUCGCCAUCGCCGUCUAUACCUUCGGCACUUGCAUCGCUUUCUUCAUCGUCAUCGGAGACCAGCUGGACCGCUUGAUUGCGGUGGCGUCACACGACGGCUCCCUCAGCGGCUUCUGGUACACAGACCGCAAGUUUACCAUCGUGGUCACUGCAGUUUUGGUCAUUCUGCCUUUGUCCAUUCCCAAAGAGAUUGGCUUCCAAAAAUAUGCCAGUGCUCUGAGUGUGAUGGGUACCUGGUAUGUUACUGUUGUGGUGAUUGUGAAAUACAUCUGGCCUGAUGCAGAAGUCAUGCCCGGGGUUCUUCCCAGCAGUUCUACCUGGACUGCAGUUUUCAAUGCGAUGCCAACUAUAUGCUUUGGUUUCCAGUGCCACGUCAGUUGUGUGCCGGUGUUCGACAGCAUGAGCAAGAAGGCGCUCAAACCCUGGGGGCUGGUUGUCACCCUCAGCAUGAUAAUCUGCCUCUUUGUUUACACAGGGACAGGCGUCUGCGGGUUCCUGACCUUUGGUUCCAAUGUCAGCCAGGAUGUGCUGAUGUCAUAUCCUUCUGACGACAUCGCCGUGGCCAUCGCCAGAGCGUUCAUUGUCGUCUGUGUGGUCACCUCCUACCCGAUUUUACAUUUCUGUGGCAGGGCCGUUAUCGAGGGUCUGUGGCUGCGCUGGCAAGGCGAGCAGGUGGAGGUGUGCGUGCGGCGCGAGCGGCGGCGGAGGAUCGUGCAGACGCUGCUGUGGUUCGCCGUCACCCUGGUCCUGGCGCUCUUCACCCCGGACAUCGGACGCGUCAUCUCGCUCAUCGGAGGGCUGGCGGCCUGCUUUAUUUUCGUCUUUCCAGGUUUGUGUUUGAUCCAAGCCAAACUGUUGGAGACAGACAGUCGAUCGGCCAGCUGGCACGGACUGGUGGUCUUUGGGAUCGUCAUGGUCAUCCUCGGAGCGUUUAUCUUCGGCCUGACCACGACUAAUUCCAUCUAUCAAGACGUCAUCAACUAAAGGGAAAAUUUCUGUCGCAGCUUGUGGACAUUUG